ACCCUGCCUUUAUAUUCACCAUGGACCUUGACACUCUGCAUCACACCCCGACACAACUCGACUGAAAAAGGAUUGUCACUAUUUUCAGUUAUUCUCUGAUAAAGAACAACUGUUGCCAUGGUGUCAACGGUUUUGACAACAUAUUCAUUAGAGGUGGUCCUGUCACACCUGGCCUUAACAUGUGCUUUAGUUCUGGCCACUCUGGUUGCCAUCCGCUGGUACAUCAGAGAUUCCUACAAGGUUGACGGCUUCAACCAGAAGCAUGUGUUCAUCACAGGCUGUGACAGCGGCUUUGGGAAUCUGCUGGCCAGGCAGCUGGAUGGAAAAGGCUUCCGCGUCACGGCUGCAUGUCUCACAGAGAAAGGUGCAGCAGAUUUGGCAGCACUGUCCUCCCCCAGGCUGAAGACCCUCCUGCUGGAUGUUACAGACGGGGUGAGCAUCAGGAGGGCGGUGGAGUUUGUGAGCAGAGAGGUCGGAGAGCGAGGUCUGUGGGGUCUGGUGAACAACGCUGGCAGGUCCACACCAAUCGGUCCAACAGAGUGGAUGCAGCUGGAGGAUUUCACAAAGGUGUUGGAUGUGAAUCUGAUAGGACUUAUUGAUGUGACGCUCCAGUUUCUGCCUCUGCUGAAGAAGGCCCGGGGCAGGCUUGUAAACGUGGCCAGCAUACUGGGCAGACUGUCUAUCACUGGUGGAGGAUACUGCGUGUCCAAGUGGGGAGUGGAAGCCUUCUCCAACUGCGUCAGGAAGGAAAUGUGGAGAUUUGGCAUCAAAGUGAGCAUCAUCGAGCCUGGUUUCUUCAAGACAGCCAUUACUAGUGUGGAUCUGAUUGAAGCUGACCUGAGGAGGCUGUGGACCCGCCUCCCUCAAGACGUCAAAGACUCCUAUGGAGAGACAUACUUUGAUGACUAUUUGAAAGCUCAGGACUUGUCCAUGGGCCUCUUGUGCAGUUCAGAUAUCUCCAAGGUGACCUGGUGUAUGGAGCACGCGCUGACAGCUCGCUUCCCACGCACACGUUACGGCGCAGGCUGGGAUGCCAAGCUUUUUUGGAUUCCUCUGUCCUACCUCCCUUCAUUUGUGUCAGACUUUGUUAUAAAUUUGCUUCUUCCUUCACCUAAGAAUAAAAGAAAUGUCUUAACAGGCAACUAAACUAUGACUAUUUCUGAAAGUGAUGAAAUAAAAUAUAGUAACAAAAAAAAGUGUCCAGACUGUGUUACAAAAUAGGAAAUUUAUUCAUUUCAUGUCUCAGCAGCAGCAAUUUAAACCAUAUGGGCAUGUUAUUGUGGAUGAUCACAGAUACAGUUUUCAUUGGGCUCAUUAUGAUACGAAAUAAAUCAUUGUAUAAAGUUAAGAA